AAGGCCAGAAAACCUGUCCCGACGAAAUUUCGAAGGUCAGGUUCGAGUCGGUUGCGACGGUGGUUUAGGAUUUCAAUUGCGAGAGGAUGACGAACCUACACUUUUCUGCAAUUCAGUCCGAUUGGAUCUCCUCGAUCGUCGUCGGUGGUUCACUUCUUCUCGAAGAAGUGGAACGCGUUGAUGGCGAUAUCGCGGGGUUGUCGGAAGAAUGGAGAGUCUGAGGCAUAGAUCAGCCUCGUCCUUGGAUUCGGAUUUUUCUUUCGAGGUUUAGGGUUCGAUCGCAUGCGGAUUGAAGAUGAACGAAUGACAGAACUAGGAAAACUUGCAAGGUGAAGUCAUGAAAGAUUUGUGCGAGGGUAUGUGUUGUUGGUGAAGCCGGAGAUGAUUACGCAAUCUAAUUGUCCAGUUCACGAAGUAGCUGCUGCUGCUGAGAAUACGUCAUUCUAGAUAACAGCAAGGGGAUACUAACAGUAUUCACCAAACAAUGUCUUGGCUCUUCGGCUCUCUCCAACCAGACGAUCCACAUGAUGAAGCCAAGCAACCACAGAGUCCUUCCAGUUCCCGCGUACCAAACGACUUGUCGUUUCUCGGCCAAACCCUCGGUCGCCAACUCCGCGGCGUCGCCAGCUUCCUCGUUCCACCACCACCAUCAUCAUCACCGUCCCACGACGCCGUUCCCUCCUCCAAUUCUCAACCGCAGCCGCCGUCGCAAUCGCAAUCGCAAUCGCAACCGCUUUUAGGAAUCCGAAACGAUCUGGUGGAGAUCGGCGGCAGCUUCAAGAGCGGUCUCUCGCUUCUCUCUACAAAUAGUAACAAAGCCGUCACUGAGAUCUCCAAGUUCGCUUCGAACUUGUUGCAGCUUCAGAACAAAGCUCUGGAAGACGAUGCUGAUGAUGAUGAUGAUGAUGACGGUUCCGGGCCGGGGAUUACCGACGACGUUAUCGGUUUCGUCACCGAAAUUUCGGUGCUGCCAAACUAUUGGACCGACUUUCCUAUACCAGUCGAUCAUGAUUUCAGCAUGUCUGAUGCUCAGAGAGAACAUGCCUCCACUGUUGAACGAUUGGUUCCAGGCUUUGCAGACCUAAGAAACAGACUUGGCAGUUCCAUGAGUGAGAAACGAUUUUGGAUGAUCUAUUUCUUGCUGUUGCUUCCGAGACUAAAUGAACACGAUUUUGAGCUUCUAUCAACCCCCAAGAUUGUUGAAGCAAGAGACGUGCUUCUGCACAAGCUUCAAAACAAGAGGAACACACAGGUGGAUAGCUGUGAGAAGUCAAUUCUUGAUUCACCUAAAAAGGACAUCCAGGUUGGAAAGGCACAAGGGGUGGAAAUCUCAUCUCAAGAAAAUGAAGCUUUGACUGAGAUAGUUAAUACAGCAGGAAGGUUAAAGAUCGAUGACGAAGAGAGCACUGAGCAGUGGUCUGAAGAGGCAAGUAUUAGUUCUGGCACUUUCGUGGAUGGCCAAAGGAAACAUGAAACUGAAGAGGAUAUCUCAUUCAGCGAUUUAGAGGACGAUGAAAAUGACCUUUCUAGUUCUACUAGACUAUCAGGCCUAAGGCAAGGACGAGACGUCAGGGCAUGUUCACCCUAUGGAUCAAGUGACUGGGUUCAGCUGAAUAGAAGUUCUGAGAUUGAUGGUGGCCAGCGAAAGGCUGGUCAGUCAAAAGAGAGAGAUUCAGAAGGUGAGGAUUCAAAUGACUGGCUUACUGUAGAUGGGUUUGAUUAGGCAAUACUAGCAGCAGCUUGUUUGCCAACUUAUUGUAAAGUUUCUGUUUCUUUUUCUUUUUCCGCUUUUUGGGUUUGGUGGGCUGGAUUCUGUACUUAUGGGUAUCAACAUCAUAUACAAGCUGUUUAAAUUAAUAAUACAAUGGAGUUCAUUUCAAA